UUAGUGUACUACAACAUUGGAAUUGUACUAACACAUAUUUUCUUGUUUAUAUUGGCCCUGAAAGGAAGAGGUUGACCUUUGUCCUAAAUCCUCAUUCCAGCCACACGCUUCAGAAGACAUGGCCUCAUUGGGUGGGUUACAAAAUGUGAGCGGCAUCAAUUUUCUUAUCAAAGAGGGUCCAAAAGUCAAUGCAAAGUUCGAGCUGAAGCCGCCACCAUAUCCACUGAAUGGUUUGGAGCCGGUGAUGAGCCAGCAGACACUUGAGUUUCACUGGGGGAAGCACCACAAGACUUAUGUGGAAAAUCUGAAAAAACAAGUUGUUGGGACAGAGCUUGAUGGGAAGUCACUAGAAGAGAUUAUUGUCACAUCAUACAAUAAGGGUGACAUUCUUCCAGCUUUCAACAAUGCAGCACAGGUAUGGAACCAUGACUUCUUCUGGGAGUGCAUGAAACCAGGUGGAGGUGGAAAGCCAUCCGGGGAGCUUCUAGAACUGAUUGAAAGAGACUUUGGUUCAUUUGUAAAAUUCCUUGAUGAGUUCAAGGCUGCUGCUGCAACACAAUUUGGUUCAGGGUGGGCUUGGCUAGCAUAUAGAGCAAGAAAAUUUGAUGGGGAAAAUGUAGCAAAUCCUCCUUCACCCGAUGAGGACAACAAGCUAGUGGUGCUCAAGAGUCCCAAUGCUGUGAACCCCCUUGUUUGGGGAGGUUACUACCCACUUCUUACCAUUGAUGUUUGGGAGCAUGCUUACUACCUUGAUUUUCAGAACCGGCGUCCUGAUUAUAUAUCAGUGUUCAUGGAUAAGCUUGUUUCCUGGGAUGCAGUGAGCUCUAGACUUGAACAAGCUAAGGCUUUAAUUACCAGUGCAUGAUGCUGAAUUAAAUGCAGAAUAAGUGAUUUAUCCUGAUAGUGAUGAUGAAUUGGAUGGCGUCAUGCGGAAUAGUGAAUUAUUUUUAUCUAGAAAGUGUAAGCAGGCACAUCUUUUGUACUUUAAAUAGGUGUUGUGGUAUCAGGGCUAAAUCUCUUCAUCCUGCAGAUUAUUAUGUUCUAUGGUUAGAAAUCUUAGUUAUGGUUCUCUUUGUGUGACAAUGUGAACAAUAAGAUUGCUUAUGCAUGAAUAAUCAACAAAAUAAUACUAUGGUGUAGAGCCUUUUCAUAUAACUUA